GUGAUCUAAACCAUAGGACCCAUUUGAUAAUUCUCAGAAAAAAGAGAGAGAGGACCCACCUGAUUGACGGCUUAGAUCUCUCUCACUCUCUCUACAGUUGUGCAGACAUGGAGCAAUUGAUACAAGAGCAAUGGAUACGAGUGGAGCCAUGGGUGCAUCAGUUGAAGCAAUGGGCAGAUCAACUGAUGGAAUGGGUUCAGCGGCAACCAGCAGCGCAACUCUACGCUACUUUUGCUGUUUUGUUCCUUUCAUCCAUCCUUUUCUUGUUGGUCCGUGUUCUCAAGCGCACAAAGUCAAACACCAUAGUGCUAGCUGGUUUAAGUGGCAGCGGAAAAACAGUUCUUUUCUACCAGCUUCGAGAUGGCUCCUCACAUCAGGGUACUGUUACGUCAAUGGAUCCAAAUGAGGGGAGUUUUGUGCUGCAUUCUGAAUCCGAAAUGAAGGGAAAAAUAAAGCCGGUCCAUGUUGUCGAUGUUCCUGGGCACUCUCGGCUUCGACCUAAGCUUGAUGGGUUCUUGCCGCAAGCAGCUGGCCUCGUUUUUGUUGUGGAUGCCUUAGACUUCUUGCCAAACUGUCGAGCAGUUGCGGAGUAUCUGUAUGAUAUUUUGACAAAGGCAGCUGUCGUGAAGCGGAAAAUCCCAUUGCUCAUUGUAUGCAACAAGACUGAUAAAGUGAGUGCUCACUCCAAGGACUUCAUCAGGAAGCAAUUGGAAAAGGAAAUAGACAAGCUUCGGGUGUCGAGAACCGGUGCGUCAGAAGCUGAUAUAGCAGAUGAAUUCACACUCGGUGUGACUGGAGAGCCCUUUGCAUUCUCACAGUGUCUUAACAGGGUGACAGUCGCAGAAGCCUCAGGUUUGACGGGCGAGAUAUCUCAGUUGGAGCAGUUCAUUAGGGAUCAUGUUAAAUAUUAGACUUUGCACCCUCACGCAGCUCAUUUGCAGCCCCUUUCAGAAUUGGCUUUUGCAUUUUCCAUUGCAGAGAUCCCCAACCAUUUCCCCGUACUUGAUCAGCUAAGGAUUUCAGGUUUUGCAUUUCUUUUUU